AUGUUUUUGAAAUCAGGGCAACGCUAUGAAAACGAGCAGAUCCUGCAGGUGCUGUUUGACUUCCAACAGAGUAUGCCUAGCAAUGGCAAUAAUUGGAUAUCGUAUCUCUACCCCGGUAAUGAAAGAGCGCUGGCUCUUGCAACGUUCCCACGCGACUACUAUCCCCGUUGCGCCUUUUUGAAAGCUGAUCCCAGCGUAUCUAUCACCCGUCCUGCUUUGUGUCCUUUAGUCGAUGGAGGCACUUAUGAUGUUAUUGACACAGAGGCAUCGUCAGACGUGUUCUCCAAGCUUUCUACCGAGUUGAACCACUGUAUAAUCGACUUGCUAGAUAGCUUGUCUUUGUGUAACCUUCGGCUUGCAUCAAAGGCAGUUGCAAACCUCAGCAAGCCUACCGAGUUACCUCAAACAUUCUGGGCAAGUCGCUUCAACCAGGAUCGCGAGAUGGGCUUCUUCCCGACGGAGUACAACAGAAAAGAGACAUGGCGGGAUCUGUACUUCAACGUGAAGUAUGCUCUUAGAGACAGCUCUAAAACGGGACACAUGAUGAACCGGCGUCGGAUCUGGAGGGGCCUUGGGGUAAUCAGGCCUUACCUGGUCGCCAUGCUUGACCAACGCCCACGUCUGGACGAAACAACUCGUUUGAGAGAGGAGCUAGUGUCAUUAGGAUAUGAAAUGACCCAGAAAACACAAGGUUAUGGAGGACGCCCGGGCGCAAAUCCUUCCGGGGAUAUACAUGUCAGAGGCUCGCGAUACUUGAAGCUGCGACUCGGCGGCGCAUGGAUCUCGGUUACCACGGGGUGGAUCGAUCAGAGGCCCUACAUAAUAGGUUUUCGGGUCAGGAGGCGAGACCAUGUUGAGAAGUUUCGCAUUGGCUUGAUUAACGUCAAAGCAGAAACGGAAUUCUUCAUCAAGCCAUCGGACCAGGUUAUCGCUGUCAAGGCGGCUACUACCCUUGGUGGCAUAGUUGGACUCGCCUUCAGGAUCAAGGAUGAGCUCGGUGGAGUAGACUGGAAGAUCGUGGGUAAAGUCGACAAGCCUGGCGAUUACGUUGGCAUCACACUGCUAAAGCCGCAAAACGGGCCCUAUAUUAGUGGCUUGCUGCUUGGUCUCGAUGCUUGCAAGAUCGUUUCUGUCCAGCUGGUUGAGAAGCUAGGCGACACCACUGCUAUGGAUAAGCCAAGAAGCUCUGGACUGCAAUAUGUAUGGCAUCCGGCACCGCCUCAACCUAAUGUGGUGACUGUAUUUACUCCCCCCGUCGAUGAACAUGCUUUCAUCUUGAACAUGGACUUUGGCGGCCCGAGUGGCUCACUGCUUCCACUCCUCAUUCGAGUCGCCUUAUUUGUCGAUGAUCGACAUAACGCUGUCAAAGGCUUAGGCUUCUACUACGCUGACGGAACAGAGAGGGAGUUCGGCUUCCGUGAGGUUGUGACUAAUUGCCGACAGCGAGAUAAGACCCUUGAACUGUCUGUUCCUAUCGAUGGACCGGCUGGCGAGAGAAUCCUUGGCCUGAGGGUGAUGGGUCCUUGGUCCUUCAAGAUGAUUCCAUUGGAUGGGUCACUACAAUCCUUCGGACUUGUACAUCUUGACCGUCCAGACUCAUCUCAGCCCAAGUCUCCGUCACCUGCGACCAAGCGAUACAAAGGCUAUCAAGGGGAUUCAAAUUAUGUUUUUCUCCACAAGGUCAAGCGCGUAGGGAUCUCAUGCGGAAGAGAAGGGCGCAGCCGACGCCCAGGACAUGUAUCAGGUUUCCUCUUCGAAUUCUGGGACAAAAGCCCGCCCGUUUAUAUCGGUCAGUGGUUCAAAGAGAUUGGUCAUCUCGACGUCUGUGAAGGUGAAAGAAUCACAAGCUUCACUUUCUGGAACGAACCAGUGGUUUGCGCACAUCAUAACAGAAGAACUACAAAGUACAGCGGAGUCCGGAUUGAAAAGUCUGGUCCUGAGCCGAACGCUGUCGAGGUGCAUCCCGGGCCACACGCCAAUAUGCACGAAACGUGCUAUUCGGAGAAUCGCUUCGAGAGACUGGGUGAUCUUGUUUGGGAUGUUUUCCAUUCGCACGACACUAUCAGGGUCAGCUUGAAACCUACACCCUUGGCCAAGAAUUGUCUUUCGUCAAUGUCGCAUAUACGCUACGGGGUAUCUACAAAGAGCUACAAGAUGUUCUGGGAGAUAGAAGACGGAAAGGGAGGCUUGACUAGUGUGUCCCAGAUAGCCGCGUUCUUUAAUCCCGACUGCAGGGGACUGUGCGGUAUGGAGUUUACAUACCGAGAUAACCAGAUCAGAUGCGGGGGUUAUACCGAGGGAAUGAAAACGACCUACAAACUCAAACGAUACGAGAAGGUCACAAGCGCAUGGAAUACAUCUGCGACAAACGUCAUCGGUGACAUUAUUGGUAUUUCUUUUCGUGAAGAUCGAUGA